UAACAAGAGCCAUAGUUAAAUAAGAAUGACUCAGUUUGGUUAUUUCUGGCAUAAGCAAAUUUAACCAAGUCUUCAUAUCCAAACCAAGGCCUCAGGUCUUGAAGAAAGAGGAAGCAAAAUCAAUCACGAGGGACGAGAUAGAUUCUCAGAAUCUAGAGGAUCGUCAACGUGGUAUUUUGCAGGAACAAGGUUUCAAUAAUGAACAAUUGAUGGAAAUUUCAAGGCACUUGUUGUGGGGCAGUGUGUAAGGUUUGUGGAGCAUUGGAUUAUAGGGUGACAUUUGCAUGCUGAGAGAAGGAUUUGGAAAGCCAAUGCAAAAAGGUUUGAAAUUUUGAUUGAGGGAAAACAAAAUGAGUUGUUUUCCUUGUUGUACAUCACAACAGAAGCUCAAUAGAAAGUCAUUGAAGAAAAGCAUUAAGGAAUACCGAGAAGAGAAAAAUCUAGCCUCAUUUGCCAACAUUUCUUUUAAAACAGAUGGUGAAAAUAAAAGAUUCAUAACAGAAGAGAUAGCAAAGUUUGGGAAAGGCAACAUUACCUCUAAGGUUUUUUCAUACCGUGAGCUAUGUGUUGCAACACAAAAUUUUCACCCUUCCAAUAUGAUUGGUGAAGGAGGUUUUGGGAGGGUUUACAAAGGACACCUUAAAGCAACAAAUCAAGUUGUUGCUGUGAAGCAACUUGACAGGAAUGGAUUUCAAGGAAACAGGGAAUUUCUUGUAGAGGUUUUGAUUUUGAGUCUUUUGCACCACCCUAACCUUGUCAACUUGGUAGGGUAUUGUGCUGAAGGUGAACAAAGAAUUUUGGUAUAUGAAUACAUGGCCAAUGGUUCUUUAGAAGAUCACUUACUUGAAUUAACUCCAGAUACAAAGCCUUUGGACUGGCAAACCAGAAUGAAAAUUGCAGAAGGUGCAGCAAAAGGGCUUGAAUACUUGCAUGAAGAAGCAGACCCUCCAGUUAUAUACCGCGAUUUCAAGGCAUCAAACAUACUUUUAGAUGAAAACUUCAAUCCAAAGCUCUCUGAUUUUGGACUUGCAAAGCUUGGUCCAACAGGAGAUAGAACACAUGUAUCCACCAGAGUGAUGGGAACAUAUGGCUAUUGUGCUCCUGAGUAUGCAUCAACAGGGCAAUUGACUACAAAAUCAGAUGUGUACAGCUUUGGAGUGGUGUUUUUGGAGAUGAUCACAGGAAGAAGAGUAAUUGACUAUUCAAAACCAUCACAAGAGCAAAAUUUAGUCAUUUGGGCACAACCACUUCUAAGAGAUAGAAGGAAAUUUGUACAAAUGGCAGAUCCAGUGCUAGAAGAGAACUACCCGGUAAAGGGUCUAUACCAAGCACUAGCAGUAGCAGCAAUGUGUCUCCAAGAGGAAGCUGAUACCCGACCUUUGAUCAGUGAUGUAGUCACAGCCAUUGAGUUUUUAGCAAGGAAGAAAGUAGAAGUGGAUGAACCACUAUCUACAAAAGUGACUCCUCCUCAGAGUGGAGAUAUUAGCCGUGAACAUAAUAAAUCUAAUGACUGUGACAACAACGACCAUAAUAACAAAGACAACCAUAAUGACAACGAAUAUAAUAAUAACAAUAAUGACGAUGAAAAGAAGGAGAAGGAGAAGGAUAAGAAAGAUGAAGAUGAUGAUGAUGAUGAUGAUGAUGAUGGUAUCAACAAAAAAUUAUAGCGAAUGGAAAUGCAGCUUCAAAUGAUAACCUUCAUUUUCUUUUGUGGAAGGUAGAAGAACUUUUGCCUCAUGUGGUCAAACAAAACGUUUUGUCGAACACACUCUGCUCACAAAGUGGGUAACAAGGAAAAAAGAAAGCAUGCAUGCAAUUGCAAUUUCAA